AUGAAUCUGCAGUGGCUUGGAGUGAGAGGGGUCCUAUUGCAAAAGGAUGAGGAGGAUGGCAUUGUUGUUGAUGAGGAGGACGAAGGUGAUGAAGGUAUUGUUCCUAAGCCUAUACAUGUGGAGAAAGCUAGUGAUGAAGGAACUAUUCCUGAGGGUACAAAUGUAGCUGAGGAUAGGCAUGAAGGAACUGUUCCUGAGGGUAUAAAUGUGGAUGAGGAAGAUGAUGAAGGUACUGUUCCGGAUGGUAUAAAUGUGGAGGAUGAGACUAUAUAUGAAGAGGGAAAGAAUGACAAAAGGGCUGAAAAUGAUAGUGAAGACAGUGAAGACCCUGAAUUUUAUGAUAGUGCUUAUGACCAAAGUGAAGAUGAACAAUGCUUGUUGGGGAAGGAUGAUAGAGCAUUUGACAACUAUGUUGACCACAAUGCUCCAAAUAUUGAUCCAGCUGCAGAUGAAGGAGAGAAAUAA